AUGGCUACCCAUCAGAUGAUAGCGCUCUACAAUGCACUGAGGCACAUACGAGACAUAAGGUCCAAGAUUGAGGCAACCGACGGGGCCUUAAGUAAAGAGGUCUUCUCCACCACUGAAAACAUCCCUGACAGAAACCUCGAUAACGCCCGCAGCGCCAUCGGGCUCGACUUCCAAUUUCUUGUCCAAACUAUUCGCUCCGUCAAAAAGUCAGAUCCCCUCGUGAAGGCCUACCCCGACAUCCAUUACAAUUUGCGGCAACAAAAUAAACGUCGCAAGUGGCUGACGCAUGAGUAUAAACUUACAGUACCGAUUCAGUGGGGUGAUAUCGCGGACGGUGUCUACGAUGAUAUUCCUAGAAUUGAGGCCGCCCUUCUUAGUGCCCUUGUUGCGAAUGGAGUACCGAACCCUUGA